AUGCCUUACAUCUUCGACACGCCCAACGGGCGAGAAGCAUACGAUCGAAGAUCAUUCGAAGCGGAGCAGCCAGAUUACGCCGAUAUCGAGCUUCUCAAGCUUCUUAAUGGUGGAGGAUACCAUAAACAAGCUGAAGUUCCCAUGCAAAGUGAGAACUACAAGUCAUAUGGCUAUCAACAACGUGCAGAUGAGGAAGAGGAGAUUGAAGUGAGUAGACAACAAGUUUGUCCAAAAGUAGUAUCACCAUCUACAGACUUGCUGACCAUGCCAUCCCUUCAUUCUACCCUUCCUUCCAUAACCCUCUCCACCCCAAACCACUCAUUUGUCACUCCUUUACCUGACCCACCUUUCAUUGUGGACCUAACUCACCUCCGUCAUGUCGAAAUUUCCGACCACCAAAAACAGGACGACUUCACGAUGAACAGACGAUACCCUCGAAUGUCUUUCAACGGUCGUCCUUAUCCUCCCGUGCCGCCUGAAGCUAGUACCCUCGCUCGACCUUUCGAUGAAUGGUCCAACAAGGAUAUGCUCCCUUCCCGACAUCACGAUAUGCAAGGUUCCAUGCAGCAAGGCUACUCUCAAGGAGGACGAUUAUUUGGUGAAUCAGCUCCUGUUUACCCCGAGACCAACACCAAUAUGUUUGCCUUUGAACCGGAAACUUGUCUGAAUCCUUCUCAAGGUAUCGGCUAUUACCACCAACAGCAACAGCAACAUUCGGUAUGGACACCUCCACAUGCUCACGCAUGGUCCAACGCUUUCCCUACCGACUUCCAUGCUCCUGUUCUUCAUCCUCGAUUGAUUCAACUUCCCGAGCAACCUAUCACUCCUCAUGACACCUACCGAUACCCUACCAGUCAUGUCGAUCAUAUUUACGUUGCUCCUUCCGUACCUGAAGUUCCAACCGAGACGAUCAAUGCUGCUUUCGCUGUAUGGUACGCCAAUCAAGUCAUCAGUCUUUUGGCCACUCCUGGAUCUUUCCGACCUGGUGUCGGAGGUGCAUCCGAUGUGAUCUGGGGAAUCGGUGGAAGAGAAAAGGAAGCUUGGCUCCGUGUCGGUCGAUCACCUCCAGACUACUCUAAACCUUGGGGUAGAAUGGGUAUGACCACUACACCUAUUCCUGCUCCUCGUAGAACUCGACAAAGGAGACCCGAUCUGGAGCCGAGAGAUCCUUGGAAUGUCGCUUGGGCUCAUUCCAUGAAACCUAGCUCCACUUUCGUCAACUUCAUCCUCGACAUGAUUCAACGUAUGACCAUUUCGCCCACCGCUCUUGUCUCUGCUGUUUGGUUCCUCCACGGCCUCGGUUUCCACGAAGGUGAUGGUGUGAAAGGUGCCGAAUUACGAGAUUUUCUUCGAGAAUACCGAUCAUACGAAUUGGAAUCUAUCGAAAGGAGAGUCGCUACUUUAGGUCUCAUGUUAGCUGGUAAAUGGUUGGACGAUAAUUCAUUCCUGACCAAGUCAUGGUGCGAAGUCACUACUAUCCCCGUCAAGCAACUUGAUCGAAUGGAAAGAAUCGCUCUUGCCGAUUUGCACUUCUCGCUUCAUGUCCCCGUUUCAUCAUGGGUCGACCACGUCAACAAGCUUUACACCGCGCUUAUCACCAAAGUCCUCCCUGAUGAAGUUGACCUUGUCAUUACGCCCAUCAUCGAUGAUAUGGUGACUGAAGCAAGAAACGUCGAACUCGAAGAUGAUUGUCAAAUUGCCUCACCGCCAACUCACUACGAACGCCGAUUGUCAUCUGAUGAACUUCCCGCCGCUGCUGAUCAAGCUAUUAGUCGAGAUUGGGGAAGCUUCGCCAGAACAUACGGUAUCUCUCAACAAGACAUGCGAGAUCUCGAAGUAGAUGUAGAGAUGGAACGAGCUGAAAGGGAUGUCAACGCUUUGGUCAAUGAUGAGUAUCUGGGCGAUGAGAUGGAAGAAGAUGAAGAGGAGGACGAAGAGUUUUUGGAUUAUGACGGUGCCAAGAAAUGGUUACCUUCCAUGUCCGAGUUGAAACGAUCUGGUUCUAACUCUAGCGAUACCUCUCUCUCAUCUUAUGACAGUCAUCGACGAGGGUUCAACCAGCCUACUCAACCUUUCCAUGUCCCUUUGGACUUGCUCGAAACUCCCCCUAGACAAAGAUCAUAUAGCGAUUGGACUCAAGGCAGCUCUAGAUCCGAUCACUCUAUCGACUGGGAGUCCAACGACUUCCUUUAUCCCAUUGUUCCUUCUGAAAAAAAACAUUGCUUCGACUGUCAAGAUGGCGUCAAGUCAGCAAGACCUCUCCAACAUUCUGCAUACGUCGAACCUGGUGUCGAGCUUGUUCAACCCACAAGAUACCUCCAGGAGUCUCAAAAGGGCAAUGUAAACAUGAAUUAUGGAUCAACGUCAAAGAGGUGGGGUAAACCUGUUGGUGCUGUACAGUGGUGA